GAAGGAUAUUGGUAUAGAUUAUGUAUAGAUAUAGAUAUAAAUUAUAUUUUUGGUGCAUCUGAUCUGAUUAAAAAAAAAAAAGUCUCAAUUUGUUGCAUGUAGUAUUUAUUUAUUUAUCUGAAACGCAAGAAAGAUUCGGAAGAAAAGAAAAACCCCAACCCUACUUAAGUCUCAAUUUGUUUGAAAUUGGAAGAUCCAAUUUGUAUCGCGUUCGGCUUAUCAAAUUUAUUUGGUUUCAAAGACUAUGGACCCAUCUACAGAGCAGCAGAUGAGUAAUCUACAAAUCACAGACACAGUCAAUGAAAGAUUUCCUGCUAUACCUGUGGUGCCAUAUGACCGGAUGUUCCCUUUCUUGUUUCCCCAUAUUGACCAAGACAAAGCCGAUGAAAUUCAAGCUUUGUUCGACAAAUAUAAGAGAGAAGAAAUACCCAAGACUAGUUUUUUCCCGCUUAUGAGAGACAUUGUGGGGAUGCAGCUGGUUUAUUCAGCAACAAUGCAAAUGCAUGAACAACAGAAAAUAAAUCGGCAGAUCCCAGUCAAUGAACAACCUAGAACCCAGAUCGAUUCCAGUGACCUGGAGUUGCCAUUUGACGAGUUGUAUCCUUUCUUGAUUCCCCAUAUACCUGACCCAGUCAAAGUCAUUGAACUUAAAAUUUUAUUUGACAAAUAUAGCAGAUGUGAAAUACCCAAGGAUACUUUUGUACCGGUUAUGACAGGCAUUUUGGGGGAGCAGAUAUUUAAAUCAGCAACAGCAAAAGUGAAACAACUGAAAAGCAAUCUACAAGCCAAUGAACAACCUGGAACCCAAAUCAAUUCUAGUAACCCGAGGAUAACAUUUUACCAGCUGUUCAAUGUCUUGGCUCCCCAGAUUGGCUUAGAGAAAACCAUCAACCUUUACUUUUUAGGUGAAAAAUGCAAGAGAGGUGAGAUACCCAAGUCUGAUCUUAUACCGCUUAUGAAAGGCAUUGUGGGGAAGCCGGCUUUUAAAUUAGCAGUAGAAACACUGCUAGGACAGGUUGCUGUAAAUGAACAGCCUAGAACCCAGAUCCAUUCCAGUGACCUGGAGUUGCCAUUUGACCAGCUGUAUCCUUUCUUGAUUCCUCAUAUACCUGACCCAGACAAAGUCAUUGAACUUAAAGUUUUAUUUGACAAAUAUAGGAGAUGUGAAAUACCCAAGAAUACUUUUGUACCAGUUAUGACAGGCAUUUUGGGGGAGCAGAUAUUUAAAUCAGCAUCAGCAAAAGUUGAACAACUGAAAAGCAAUCUACAAGUCACAGUCAAUGAACGACCUAGAUCCCAAAUCAAUUCUAGUAAACCGGUGGUGAGAUUUAACCAGCUGUUCCGUCUCUUGGCUCCCCAAAUUGGCCUAGACAAAACAAUUGACCUUUACUUUUUAGGUGAAAAGUACCAGAGAGGUGAGAUACCCAAGUGCAAUAUUAUACCGCUUAUGAAAGGCAUUGUAGGGGAGCCAGCUUUUAAAUCAGCAGCAGCAACACUGCUAGGACAGAAAAGCAGUCUACAUGUCACAGUCAAUGAACAACCUAAAACUCAAAUCAAUUCUGGUAAACCGGUGCUGACAUUUAACCAGAUGUACCGUCUCUUGGCUCCCCAAAUUGGCCUAGACAAAACCACUGACCUUCACUUUUUGGCUGACAAAUACCAGAGAGGUAAGAUACCCAAGUCUGAUUUUAUACCGCUUAUGAAAGGCAUUGUGGGGGAGCCUGCUUAUAGAUCAGCAGUACAUACACUGCUAAGACAGGUAAGAACCAACAUAGGUUCUUCUGGCACAUCUCUCUAGAAGUAUGAGUGCUGCUACAGACCGUUCUCAUAAGGGUAGGGAUUGUGUGAGUAGAUUAAUUUAUUCCACAUUGCUGGACCCUGAUAAAGUGUUGUUGGUAAUAUAGCGAUUAGGAUUCUAACAUGAAUCUGACAGGAAUUAAGUAUCAAUUAAUAGUUUAUUUUAAUUAAUAGUUUAUUUUAUGUCAUUUUACAUUUUUAUCAUUUAUGGUUGUAUUUAAAGGCAUUGUGCCUCACUUUGAAAAGUAAUCAAUCAAUGAAUGAACAAAUAUCUUCUUCUCUCAAAAACAACUCUCAAUUUAAUAUUAUGCUUGCAUAAUCUUUCU